UCCUGUUGUAGAAGGCUUGUGUUUGGUUUCCGGUCAACAACACAAAUCAUGAAAUGUGAUUAAAAUCAUAAAUGACGAUGAUAAACACUUGAUUAUUGAUCGAUUAAACCCGAUGUGAGAUCAGAAACGGAUCAAACUAAAGCUGCUGGAAUUAUUCACCUCUGUUCUUCAAGUUUACAACAUCUGACAGGAUGAACUCUCCGUGCGAGCAGCGGCGCAUCAUUGUCCAGCAGUCUGACCUUGUGUGUAAGGCAGGAUGUGGUUUCUAUGGUAAUGCCGUCUGGCAGGGCCUCUGCUCGAAGUGCUGGCGAGAGAAGAAUCAGUGCGUCCGUGCACAGCAGAUACAGGACGACCAAGCGCUGGCCGAGAGGUUACAGAGAGAGGAGGAAUCAGCAGCAGCUCGAUCACAGACCUCCGUCACGUCCUCUACAGCGUCCAGCGUGCCAAUUGUGAAGAGACUCUUCACAUCGACUCCCAAAACACCCGUGAGGAGAGACGCAGCAGCUCUCACAACCCCGGUCACACGACACUCGACCUCUGCAGACGGUGACCCCGUGACCCAACAUUUCAUCGACUUCCUGAAGAGCUUCAACAGAACAGGAUAUGACAUCUUCAGACAGUGUCACGCCUUCGCUGAGAACAUGGCACAUAAAAAGGUUGUUGUUGGUGAAGAUCUGUCGGAGUCUGUGCAGAACUUCUAUCAGAACAUGUCUGAAUAUCUGCAGAACAACCUGAAAGGCUCGUCAGAUGUGCUGGAGCUGGUGAUGGAUGAGGUGGAGCAGUAUGUGAUGGGCCGUCUGUACCAGCAUCUCUUCUGUCCCGACAUCACUGAUGAUGAGCAGAAAGAUCUGAACACACGGAAGAGAAUCAGGACUCUGCACUGGGUGUCUAUUGCCAUGUUGUGUGUUCCAGUAGAUGAACAGAUCGCUGCAGUGUCAGACAGUGUGGAGAAAGCUAUAACAGGUCUGAUAGACAUGGACUCUAAACGAGUUCCUAAGGAGAAGUUGUGUUGUGUGACGCGCUGCAGUAAACACAUUCUGACGGCAGUUCAGGGCAGUAAGAAAACAGCGGCUUCGGCGGAUGAUUUCCUGCCCACUCUGGUUUAUAUCAUCCUGAAGGCCAAUCCACCGCGCUUACACUCCAACAUCCAGUACAUCACGCGCUUCUGCAACCCCAACCGCCUCAUGAGCGGAGAGGACGGAUAUUACUUCACUAACCUGUGUUGUGCUGUGGCGUUCAUCGAGAAGCUGGACGCGCAGUCUCUGAAUCUCAGUCCGGAAGAAUUUGAGCGCUACAUGUCUGGUGAGGGGUCACCUGAGAGAGCCACUUCCUCCAGCCGCUCUUCACAGAAGCGUGCGUCUGUCCCUCAGAGGUCCGGCCGGGAGCGAGCGCUGGAGUCUGACCUCAUCGAGUGGAGAGACGCUCGUGAACACUCUGUGCUGGGUCUUCUGGACGGAGCAGCUGCUCACGUAAACACCUCCAGCAGCUUCUCCAUUGACUCGGAGAACAUCGGUGGAGAUCAGCUGCCUCCUCCACUACAGCCGCAGAAGUUCACCAGAUAGAUCUCGUUCUUCUCUCUGCAGGUCAUUAUCUGAACACAUGAUGCUCUCAAUUCAGACAAGCUUUUAUCAGUGGAGCUACAAUGACUCAAGUAUUUUAAUCUGACAUUUGAAUUGCAGACAUGUGACAUUUAACAAAGCUGAAGAAUUUUGUGGUAUAUAUUUGAUAUUUUUUAAGGUGGAAUGAGCUUCUAAAAUUCAGAUUAUAAAAUUGCAAUAUGUUGAACUCCAAAGACAAAUCUCUCACAUUCAGAACUCAGAAAUUCUAAACAAACUAGGUCAAAGGUCAAGCAGACCCAGUAAUCAGAGUAUAAAUUAAGAAAUUAACAUUUGCCAUAAAUAAUAUCAAUGCUGUAAAAGUUUUGUCCAGUGUACUUCACGUUAACUGUUCAAGUUAAAUGUUCUGUCAAUAUAACGUCUGCAAUGACAAGAAGUGAAAGAAUCGUAAUAAAUGAAAUGAAUGACUUCAUACGGUCUGAAAACAAUAUUUCAUUGCAGUAAUGGACACAAUGCUUUCAUUACAAUGAUCAUUUGUCUCAUGGCUCUGUUUAGUCAAUGCCAUGCUGACAAGUAAAUUACACAGCUUUACUUGACCUUUGACCUUGUCUGUUUAUAAUCUGAAUGGAAGACAUUUUAUCUGGAGUUCUGAAUUUCAUUUUAAUCUGUAAAUCUGAACCUGUAAUCCUAUAAUCCAAAUUAAGACUAAUUCCACCUCUAAACAAAUACAAAUUUGUUUAAAAUUUCAAAUGUAUAAAAUACGCCACCGAAAUCUUCAGGUUUGUUCAAAUGAACAGAUUUCAGUUUCAAAUCUUCUAGUCAUUGUUCUUGUUAUGUAGACGACAGUGUUUGACAUCUUCUGCCUGUUGUAAUAAAGAUGUGUGAAGAGAUCAGGAAGAAUGAAAGUGUGAAUCACACAAAACCUGUCAAGAACCUGUCUUGUAGAUAUUUCACCCUGAAAAGAAAAGGAAACAUUGACAUUUUCAUGACAAAAACAUUUUCCCAAUUAUAUCUUUACAUUGUAGUGUUUAUACCUCAUGAUAAUAUUUACUGUACUACCUUUAUGCUUAUUAAAAAAUAAAAACAUUAUCUGUUCCAGUAAUGAGAAUUACAAACAAACACUGAUGUAAAAAUGUCAAAUUUCCCGCACAUUAAAGAGAUUUUGGGUAGAAAUAUGUUUGUCAUGAAAAUAAUGUCACAAUACAAACAAUCAAAAUAAUCCUUAAAAUAGGCUAAUUUUCUCAUUGAGCAAUAAGAAUGAUGAGUUUAACAACACACUGCAGUUAUUCUGGUGAUCAUAAAUAUGAUUUUUCUUUUGCACUGUAUAAUUUAUUACAACAUACCAGUUAUUGGGAGUAUAUAUUUAUUUGAGGUUUCCUCUAGUGUUAGUUUACUGACAUUAAUGUGGAAUUGAAAACAUGGAUAUUGGAUUGUGUUUAUUUAACUUUAACUGUUACAAUGUGAAAACAAUAUUUCAUUAUUCAAUUGGAGAAUUAAACAAAUAUUUAUUUUAAACAUGCUUUUUCUUGUAUGCAAACGUUACAAUUUUGUGCUAUGUAACUUCCAUCAUGGGCAGUUUUGUGAUUUAGUUAUCCAAAUAAUCCUGAUAUGAAGCAAUAAAUGAGAAAUAAAAUAAUGGAAUGAA